AUGAGUGAAGAAGAGGAGAGCCUCAAUAUUCCAAGAGUGAAACUGAGAAACCAAGGAUUAGAAGUGAAAUUGAAUAUUGGAGAACAAGGCAACACAAGUAAAGAAAUAAUUGACCAAGUGAAGCUUCUGAAUCCUCUGUUUGAGGAAUUGAGGGACAACGAUAAAGCCCUGGCCAAAGAAGAAUUGAAACCACCGAAGCUCGACCUUUCUCUAUUCUACGCCACCACACGAAGCCGUUCCUCAGCCUCCACCGUCACCUCCAUUAGCAAGUGGGAAGAAGAUGAAGUCAACUACUACAGUUCCUCUCCAAGAAAAGAGACUCGCAGAGAUUCUAGAGUAGACAGACGGCACAACGACAAACGGUCUGAGCCAUACCCGACUUCUAACAAGUCAGAGAACCGAAGAAGGGAUUACAACCGGCCCACUGACACAUAUCCUCGAAGUGGACCGAAGAUGCCCGAGUACAACUUGUCCAUCUCACCUGCUGAGGCUGUUCAAGUACUUAAGGGGCUUGGAAGCAAAGUAAAGUGGCCUGAGAAGAUGAGGACUCCAGCUGAGCAGAGGGACAGAAGCAAGUGGUGUGACUUCCACAACGACCAUGGCCACCGGACUGAAGAGUGCAUUGCCUUAAGAUUAGAAGUAAUCAACUUGCUAAAACGGGGCCACUUAGUCGACCACCUCACCGACAAAGGAAAGAAGACUUACCAGGGUCAGAGGGACACGAUAGACAACCAGAGGGACAUAACACCGCCCAGGCCACCUGUUCAUGAGAGAACGGUCAACGUAAUAACAGGUGGCUCAGAAGUAAGUGGAGUCACCCAGCCAGCUGCAAAGAAACAUGCACAUCAGGCUAACUGGACCAAAGGUGAGACCAGCAGAACAUCUUCCUUACCGGAGCAAACCAUCAGCUUCACGACAUCAGAAUCAACUAGGCUUCUUAACCCUCAUCAUGAUGCUCUUGUUAUUUCACUUUAUAUAGCUAACUAUUUGACUAAACGUAUACUUGUCGAUAAUGGCAGUUCAGCUAACAUCCUUUUUUUGAGUGUUCUCAGGGAAAUGGGAAUUGACGAAUCCAAAAUUAUGAGGAAUACAACUGUCCUAAUUGGAUUUAGUGGUGAACAGAAAAAUACCUCGGGAGAGAUCGAGCUGCCUGUGUAUGCUGAAGGAGUCAACUUGUGCACCAGGUUCCUGGUGAUAGACUCCCCUUCUGCCUACAACGUCAUCCUCGGCAGGCCAUGGAUCCAUGAGAUGGAAGUUGUACCUUCAACUUACCACCAAGCUUUAAGGUUUCCAACCAAAUGGGGGCCGAAAGAAAUUAGAGGGGAGCAGAAAGAUUCAAGAGAAUGCUACCGAACCACCAUGAAGGCAAAACCAGCACAGUCAUAG